GCGCACAGCUGUUUGGGAAGCAGAAAGAAACAGCAAACAAGGGGAGUAAUUACAUAAAAAACACACUGACCGGCAACUUUUGGACGAAUUUUCCCGAAGUUUCCGCCAAAAAACAAAGGCACUUGGCACUUGCACCCAAAGCAUGAGUGGUUACCAAUAUUUGGACGUGAAGCUGAAACUCCGUGAUCCAGACUCCGUGACUUUGACGCCCGUAUUCUUCUUUGGCUGCAUCCACAGCUCCUUGGCCAGUAUAUUUGGCGAAAUCGGUGGACAAACCACACUGGACAUUGUGAAAUUUAGCUCCAGCCAAAAACGCUCCAUUCUCCGGGUGCCAGAGAAUUUCCUGGUUCGCGUUCGCAUCGCUAUAGCCCUGAUAGGAUACUACCAGGACGUGCCCUGCCAUUUUCAGGUGCUCAGCACAUCCCGCAAGCCCUUGGAUUUCGAGGAAUCCCCCGAGGAGUUCGUAGCAUUUAACUAG